AUGUCGAACUGGACUGCGGAUGGGUCGCCCGGCAUGGCUAUCAGCCGGGAACCAAAAGGUGCUAAAGCUGAAGGAGAUGCAAAGGCGCCAGUACCCCAGGAGAAACGGAAGAGGGUCGUCGUUGUUGGUUUGGGAAUGGUUGGUAUUGCAUUCGUCGAGAAAUUGCUCAAGCUGGAUGCAAAGCGUCAUGAGUACGACGUUGUGGUCAUUGGCGAGGAGCCACAUCUGGCAUACAACCGCGUGGGCUUGACGAGUUUCUUCCAACAUCGACAGGUCGAGUGUUUGUACCUGAACCCCGAGGAGUGGUACAAGGGCCACCCCACCGAGUCGUUCAACUACCAUCUCAACACCCUCGUCACGGAGAUCAAAGCAGACGAGAAAGUGGUCUUGACGUCAAAGGGCGAUACUGUCCCGUACGACAUGUUAGUUCUCGCCACAGGAUCUGACGCCGUCCUGCCGAAGCAUACGCCUGGCCAUGAUGCCAAGGGUGUAUUUGUGUACAGGACGAUUGACGAUCUGCAGAAACUGAUCGAAUUCUCUGCAACGGUUAAAGGGUCGACCGGAUGUGUCGUUGGUGGAGGACUUCUAGGUCUGGAAGCCGCCAAGGCGAUGAUGGACCUCGAAGAAUUCGACCAGGUCAAACUCAUCGAGAGAAAUCGAUGGGUGCUGUCAAGACAGCUUGACUCUGAUGCUGGUAAUAUGGUUGUCGACCUUGUCCGCGAGCUGGGAUUGGACGUGAUGAUCAGCAAACGAGUCGGCAAGAUCCUGACGACAGACGACAACAGAGUCAAGGGCCUUGUUUUCGAGGACGGCGAACAGAUGGACUGCACGUGCAUCAUGUUUGCUAUUGGAAUCAAAGCGCGAGACGAGCUGGCCCGCAAAGCCGGCUUGAAGUGCGCUGACCGAGGCGGCGGUGUCACCGUCGACAACAGCCUCCAGACCAGCGAUCCCAACAUCUACGCUAUCGGCGAGUGUGCAAGCUGGGAGAACCAGACGUUCGGUCUUAUCGCGCCGGGCAUUGAGCAGGCGGAUGUCUUGUCCUUCAACCUCACACAAGCGAAGUCGCACAGCCCACGCACAUUCAAGCGACCGGAUCUGAGCACAAAACUCAAGCUGCUUGGUGUCGAGGUCGCCAGCUUUGGAGACUUCUUUGCUGACCGAGACGGUCCCAAAGAUUUGCCCAAGAGACACGUUAAGAAAGAACAAAAAGAGACCGUGCCAAAAGACCAACAGGACAAAGUCAAGGAUCUGACCUCGGGUCCUCCACCACCCGCCGUCAAGGCACUCACCUAUCGGGAUCCUUUUGCGGCGGUCUACAAGAAAUAUCUUUUCACCAUGGACGGCAAGUACCUACUGGGUGGGAUGAUGAUCGGCGACACGAAGGACUAUGUCAAAUUAGUGCCCAUGGUCAAGAACAAGAAGGCUCUAGAAGUCCCGCCGUCCCAGUUCAUCAUUGGUGCGUCGAAAGACGGCGAAGAGGAUGCGGAUGACCUUGCCGAUGACACACAGAUCUGCUCGUGCCACAACGUGACCAAGGGCAAUGUGGUUGAAGUCGUCAAGGACGGCUCGUGCAAGGCGAUCGGUGAGGUCAAAUCUUGCACCAAAGCUGGCACAGGAUGCGGUGGAUGCAUGCCGCUUGUGCAGUCGAUCUUCAACAAGGCUAUGAAGGAAAUGGGCAAUGAGGUCACCAACCACAUAUGCCCUCACUUUGCGUACUCACGCUCCGAUCUGUACAACAUUGUCUAUGUCAAGAAGUUGCAGGACUUUGGCCAGAUUAUGCGUGAGGUGGGCAAGGAUCCCCACAGCCUUGGGUGCGAGCUGUGCAAACCGGCCGUCGGGUCGAUCCUGGCUGGAAUGUUCAAUAAGCACGUCAUGGAGAAGCCGUUCCAUGGCUUGCAGGAUACCAACGACCGAUAUCUCGGAAACAUCCAGCGCGACGGCACGUAUUCAGUCAUUCCUCGUGUCGCUGCUGGUGAGAUCAGUGCUGAGAAGUUGAUUGUUAUUGGCCAAGUCGCGAAGAAGUAUGGCCUGUACACCAAGAUUACCGGUGGUCAGCGCAUUGACAUGUUUGGUGCAAAGAAGCAAGAUCUCCUGGCCAUCUGGUCGGAGCUUAUUGCCGGAGGCUUGGAGUCGGGUCAUGCCUAUGCCAAAUCGCUUCGGACGGUCAAGUCUUGCGUCGGCACGACCUGGUGUCGAUACGGUAUUGGAGAUUCGGUUGGUUUGGCCGUCAGAUUGGAAGAGCGAUAUAAAUCCAUCCGAUCACCACAUAAGCUCAAGGGUGGUGUCUCCGGUUGUGUGCGAGAAUGCGCUGAAGCACAAAACAAGGACUUUGGCUUGAUUGCCACUGAGAAAGGCUUCAACAUCUUCGUGGGAGGCAAUGGAGGUGCGACACCAAGACAUUCUGAGCUCCUGGCAAAGGACGUUCCCCCUGAUGAUGUUAUUCCUAUCCUUGACCGCUACCUUAUGUUCUAUAUCCGAACAGCAGACAAGCUCCAGAGAACUGCUAGAUGGGUUGAGGGUCUCCCUGGAGGUAUUAAAUACCUUCGAGAGGUUGUCCUCGAAGACAAACUCGGUAUCUGUGCCGAGCUUGAGAAGCAGAUGCAAGAACUCGUUGGCACUUUCUUUUGCGAGUGGACCGAAGUUCUGAACGACCCGGAGAAACGAAAGCAAUUCCAACAAUUUGCCAACUCGACCAAAAACCAAGAACCUGCCGUUGAGAAGGUGGAGGAGAGAGGUCAAUCAAGACCCGCGUACUGGCCAAAGGAUUCGGUUCAUGAAGACUUCAAGGGCACAAGAUGGAGCGAUUUGACGUGGCAGCCCAUUGUCGAGGCGAAGAAAUUCCAAGAUUCCGACACCGGAUCUUCGCAAACUGUCCUUCGUGGCGAUACUCAACUUGCCGUGUUCAAACUCAAGGGUAAGUACUAUGCAAGUCAACAGAUGUGUCCUCACAAGAGGACAUUUGGCCUUUCCGAAGGUCUUGUCGGUGAGACAACUUCACCUGAUUGUAAGGACAGCAAGUUUUACGUCAGCUGUCCUUACCACAAGAGGAAUUUCCAGCUCAAUGGCGAUAUCGACUUCGACAAGAAGGAUGCUGGUGCUGGCUCGUGUUCCAACGACACCAGUAUGUCAAUUGCCACAUUCCCAGCGGAAGAACGAGAAGAUGGAAUGGUAUACCUUAAGCUUCCUCCCGUUCAUGAGUUGGACAACGUGCUUGGAACGACCAAGUAUGAAGUCAAGGCCGAUGAAGCUGCUGAUCCAUUUGCGAGUCUCGACAAGAAGUUGGGAUUGAAGAAGGGUCUACGGGUUGGUCGAACGGUUGGUGCGAUGCCGGGAACUGGUAAUGUGAGCGCUCGACCCAUUGGGGUUUCAGCGCAGAGGAGGAUUGAUUGGUGA